UGUCAUUAGCUGAAGUUAAAGCAUUAAAUGCCAUCAGCGAGGUGUCUGUCCUGUCUCCUGAGCAGCUGACCGAUUUCCUACAUUUUCAACAUUCUCUUGGGAAGAUUGUCUAUUUUGACACCCCACAGUUGAGAGAUAAUGUUAUCAUAAGUCCCCUUCUUAUGGUAGAAGUUAUGAGAUCUUUCAUUACUGAUGUUGAAUUCUGGCCAAAAGAAGAUAAAACAAGAAAAACCUUCAAAAAGAUGUCGAAAAAUGGAAUGAUACAAAAAUUAGACCUAUACCAGAUUUGGGAGCAAGAAGAAUUUCGUCAGAUUUUACCAUUUAAAGAGUACAUAUUUGAUAUGCUGAUACACCUUGAUAUCGUAUCUGAACAGCGUAGAUAUGAUACAAAAACAGGAAGUCGACUACCAGUAGAACACUUCUUUGUACCCUGUAUGCUUACACAAAGAAAUGAUACAGAUUUCUUGUUACAAGAAUGUACACCAGAGAGGACUGUUAGUUUGGCCUUUGUUUUUAACGGAACCAUUAUACCUCCAGCUUUACCGAAUCGUCUCAUAUGCGCAUGUCUCAGUAUGUGGACAUUGAAGCAAUACCGUGGAAGGAAACUUAUGUUUUCUGGGUUUGUUGGGUUAUCAUUUGAUAAAGAGCAUGAUAUCGUUGUCUGUGUAGAAGGAAAUAAGAUCUUAUUGCACCUAGUCCACAAGCGCUCCAAGGGUUUGAUAAUGCCUGAUAUAGCCACCAGUGUCCGGGAUUGUUUGUUUAUUACUUUAGAGAGAAUCUCCGAAUUUUAUCAGUCCUCCAUCCAUUGUAAAGCCAGCAGCAAGUUACCCUUCCACACCGAGUAUUCCUGCUCGAAAUUAAACUGUUUCACUUCAGAAAACAAGAUGGCUUCAGAAACUGAGGAAUGUCUUUGUGAACACAGUGAAAACAUUAAAAAUAACUGGAGUAUUUGGAACAAGAAAAGGGAACAAAAGCAGUGUGAUGCUAAUUGUCAAGGUUUGAGCGAAGAUGCAUUAUCUCAGAUUCCAAGUAACACAGAGUUGCUUCGAUUGUCUGUUAAUUGUGAGACACGCAUGCUUCAUGAUUUGGCUCUUCAUCUUGGAAUGGAAGAGAUGGUAUGGAAUGACAUGGAAGACAACUACCCAGGAAAUAUACAGAUUGUCAAAUUUUUGACACUUAUGCAUUUGAAAGAGAAUGAUGAAAUCAGUUUUGCAGAAUUUAACAACGGAUUGAGAGAAAUGAAAAUAACAACACAUAAAUUAUGUGUGGUACGUCGUAGAAAACAAGUGAAAUCUAGUAUUCCUGACGAUAUUCUAGACUGUAUUCCAUCAGAUGAAAUUUUAGAUAGAUUAGCACCGCUGAUUGGCAAGAUAGUCUUUCAACUAGGAAUAGAACUUGGACUGUCUGUAGAAGAGAUAGAGAGUAUCAAAGAGAAAUGUGAUCGUGAUUUGACAGCACAGAAUAAGGAAGUGUUGUUUACAUGGAGGAAAGACAGAACAGUGAAACCUACAAUACGGGUACUUGAGCAAGUUUUUGUAAAUAUUGGUAAAGGAGCAAGGUGUUUAAAGGAAGUUGUAAAAGAUGUUGAUCCAAAUACACUUAGAGCAGUGGAAAUAGUUACAGAUAGAAUCAGAGAAAACGAAAACAGAAUCAUACAAGACAUACAAAUCAGUCAAAUUUUAGACCAUAUGAUGACACAUCUGGUGAUAUCAGCAGACGACAGACGUGAUAUUGAACAUUAUCCUCGACAAGAUGACCAAAACAAAGCAUUGCUUGCUAUAGUGAUUAAAAGGAGAGAACCUUCUUACAGUGUGUUUGUUGAUGGAUUACGUAAUUAUGGAUACGAAGAUAUCGCUAAUGAUUUGAAAUGUGAUUCACACAAAAUCAGUCCAAGUACAACAUUAUUAUCUGCUUCAAAUGAAGGCUUAUCAGACUGGAACGUUCCAUUGUAUAACAUUCGUCUACAGAAGAAUUACCUCAAGAUCAUUACUGAUAUUCAACAUAACAGCAUAGUAGAUCAUCUAAUAACAAAAGAGGUAAUGUCGGUUGAUGAUGGGAAGAAGAUAGAAUCGGGUAAAACCCCACAGGAAAAGAACAGGAAUUUAAUGGACAUGCUUUUGCAUAAAAAUGAACAUGGAUUUAAUGAAUUUAUCAAAGCCCUACGAAAAGACCCAAUUUAUGCAGAUCUAGCAGAUCAAAUAGAAAAGACAGACGUUACGAGCACAGAUAUAGCAACCCUUCAUAAAAGCUUGAAAUAAAAUAGAUGUAAUUUCAUUCAGAAAAAAAACUGUACACGACAAGACAGCUAGGACAAACACAUGUAAACAGUGAAUAGAAGGAGGUAUUGUCAAUCCAAUGUUCCGUGAUUUGGUCAUUUAAAUGAUCAAUGUGAAUGGAUUACAAUAUACUAGUAAUUUUAUAUUAUAUUAUGUAUGUUGGCGUUUGUUUUUGUUUCAGUCCAGUGUUUCUGUUGUUCUGUUGUUUUCCUCUUAUACUUGAUGUGUUUCCCUCAGUUUUAGUUUGUAACCCAGAUUGAUUUUCUCUAAAUCAAUGUAUGACUUGUGAACAACGGUAUACUACUAUUCCUUCAUUUAUAUUAAACAUAUUUCAUAUGUGAGUGUCAUGCAUAGCAAGGAAAAAGCUAAAAUAUGUACUAACACCCAUUGAACGAGUUUUCAUUCCUAAACAUAAAUCCCCUUUAUGAGUGUUCGUGCCUCAACAGAUAUGAUAACGAUGAAACAGUCAUGACAUAUUUUGUUCAAGAAAAUGAUUUUAAUGUAUUUUAAAAGAAUUAUUGGAAACCAGUAAUUACCACAGAUUAUUAAGGCCACAUACGCGUAGGGGAACAAACCUUAGUGUUUUUGAUAAUGCAAAAUUUAGUAAACAGACAAUUUGCAGACCUGGUAUUUCAAGACAACAGGGAAGUGUUGACUACUGAACUGGUGAUACCCAUGAGAACGUAACAUCCGCCAGCAGUGGCAUCAACCCGUUGGAUGUAAAAAAAACUCGUAAAGUAUACUUAGUUUAUAAUUUGUUAUGCAAGUGGAUAAAUCAGCAGAGUUCAGAAAUCAAUUAACUUUAAAAUAAUCUUCAUUUGUAUAAUUAAAAAAUACCAUUUAGAUAUCAGGAAGAGAUCAACCUGAUAAACUGCUAGAUUACCAUUGUUUUCAAAUAGAUUGCUAUUAUAAUUCUUCGCCAUGUAAUGUGUAAUGCAAGUAUCCAUCUAUAUUUGGUCCCCAUUUACAAAGGUUGCAAAGCUGAAAAUAUAGAC